AUGUACCGACUAACCAAAGCUGUACAUCAACUCGUGAAUCAUCGUUCAUCUUCGUCGACAACGGGUGUAGCGGCUACAUCCUUUUUCAAAAAAUCAUCCAGCCACUCCGGAGUGUUAAGCUCUUCAUCAUCACCGUUCACGCAAGAGUAUCAUCAUUCAGUCUUGAAUUUCUAUGGCCUCCGUAAAUAUAGUGAGACUGGGGAGGUACCAACCAUCGGCAUCCGUAGAGAAGAUAAAAACGUUUGGGAACGUCGAGUACCUUUGACUCCUUCUCAAUGCGAAGAAUUGAUCAAGGAACACGGCAUCCGAGUGGUGAUUCAGCCUUCUACCACAAGAGCCUUUAGUGAUGAAGAAUAUAGAGAAGCUGGUUGUGAGAUUAAUGAAGAUUUAACGCGUGCUCAAACAAUCUUGGCAGUUAAAGAAGUACCUGCUCAUUUGCUCAUUCCGAACAAGACUUACAUGUUCUUUUCUCAUACUAUCAAAGGUCAAUGGUAUAAUAUGAACAUGUUAGAUACAAUUAUUGAAAAGAAUAUUCGUUUGAUUGAUUAUGAACGUAUUGUGAAAGAAGUAGAAGUUCCUGGUACAGAAAAGACAGUACAAGAACGAUUGGUUCGUUUUGGUCCUUUUGCUGGUAACGCAGGUGUUAUUGAUACUUUGCAUAUUCUCGGAGAACGUUUGUUGACUCAAUACGGAUACACAAGUCCUUUCUUGAGUAUUUCAUAUGCAAGAAAUUAUAUUUCUCUUGAAAUUUGUAAGCAUGCCUUGAAUGAAAUUGGACGAAAGAUUAGUCAAUAUGGUAUCAAUAAGGAUUUAUUCCCAAUGACUUUUGUCAUGACUGGUAGAGGUGGUAGCGUGUGCCAAGGUAUGAAGGAAAUGAUCCAACAAUUGCAACCUCCUGAAUUGACUCACAAAACUGUUGAAUUCUUGCAGUCACCUUCACAAUUGAAAGCAUUGUGGGAAAAGAAGGCAAGAGGAGAUGUCACAAAGGAAGAUUGCAGAAAGAUUUAUGUUUUAAUUUGUGGCGCUGAAGCAAUGGUAAAACCCAAAGAUCCAACAAAGGCAUUCGACAAGUAUGACUAUUAUGCCAAUCCACAAGAUUAUGAGCCUAUUUUCCAUGAAACCAUUAUUCCAUACACCAGAGUAUUGUUGAACGGAAUGUACUGGGAUGCCAGAUAUCCAAGACUCAUUACUAACAAACAAGCCAAACAAUUAAUUGAACAAAAUAGAUUCCCACUCAUCACUGUUGGCGACAUUUCAUGCGAUCCUGGUGGCUCAGUUGAAUUCCUCACCAAAACAACAACCAUUUCAAAUCCUGUCUAUGUAAAUAACAUUAAGGAAGAUAAGAUUUAUGAUGACACUCUCAUUGGCGAAGGCGUAGCAAUGCUUGCUGUUGACCACUUACCAGCUGAGUUCCCAAGAUCUUCGAGCAGCUUGUUCGGUUCUCAUCUUUUCCCAUUCAUUCCUGAUUUGGCAAGAUCGUUCCCUACUUUUAACAGUUCUUUGGAAACACAAAUGAAAUAUUUACCAACUGAAAUCAGAAAGGCUGUCAUUACUGCCAACGGAAACCUGACUCCAAACUAUGAGUAUAUUAAUAGAAUUAGAGGACCAAGAGCCAAGAGAGUUUUAAUUUUGGGCUCUGGAUAUGUUGUUCCACCAGUGAUUGAUUAUUUGCUUGAUAAUCCAAGAGAUAUUUCUGUUAUUACCAUUGCUAGUGACAAGAUUCCACAAGAUUUGAAGGGCAAAUAUACCGGAAAAUUAUCUGUGGAAUUUGUGAAUAAUCUCAACGUGUCUCAAGACAAUCAAGUACUCAAUGAUCUCAUCAAUAAGACUGAUAUUGUUGUGUCCCUUGUUCCUGCCACCCUUCACCCCAUUAUUGCAAAGCAAUGUCUCAAACAUUCGAAACACCUCAUCACCGCCAGUUAUGUCAGUCCUGAGAUGGAAGCCAUGCAUGAAGAAGCAAAACAAAAGGGACUCUUAUUUAUCAACGAAAUUGGUUUAGAUCCUGGCAUUGAUCACAUGUGUAUCAUGAAAACUUUGGAUGAGGUUGUUGGAAAGAAGGGAGGAAGAGUUGAAAGCUUUAAGAGUUAUUGUGGAGCCCUUCCUGCUCCGGAAUCUUCUGACAAUCCGCUAGGAUACAAGUUCAGUUGGUCACCAAUUGGAGUUUUGAGAGCUUCUCAAAAUCCAUGCCUCUUCAUGAAGGAUGGUGAAGUUGUGGACGUCACUGAUGGAUCAAAGCUCACAUUCCUCAAUGAAAAGGUAGACGUCAAAUUUAAGGGCUUCAACUUUGAGGUUGUUCCAAAUCGUGACAGCUUGAAGUACAUUUCCAAGUACAAGUAUCUCAAUCAAAACGAUCUUCAUACAAUGAUGAGAGGUACUUUGAGAUUUGGUGGCUUUUGUGAGGUAUUCAGAUUGCUCACUCUUUUGGGAUAUCUCAAGCAAGAAACACCAAUUCCAGCCAAUGCCAACAGUUUCUUUGAAAUUUUCUGUGCACAAUUAGGUGUUCCAAACACUUCAAGCAUGAAAAAUAUUGCCAACACUCUCGAGAAGAUUUAUAACGAGAAAAUUGAUGCCAUGUUCUCCAACAUCAAGGACAAGUAUCAACAAAGAAUUUACAAGAGAUUGAAGGCAAAUGCUGAAUCAGAUGCCAAUUAUGCUCUCAAGAGCUUUAACCAACUUGGAUUGCUUUCUAAGGAACCAUUACCAGAGAAACCAAAAAGUGGAUCUCUUUUGGAAUUAAUUUGUGCUCACCUCGAACGUGAACUUGCUCUCACUUCUCAAGACAAGGAUCUCAACUUUAUGAUCCACGAAUUCAUCGUCAAGUACGAUAAGGAUAAUUCCAGAGAAAGAAUUACAUCCACAGUAUGUGUGUUUGGUGACAAGACUACUACAGCAACGAGCAGAACUGUUGGUUUACCUGUUGCCAUCACUGCUGUCAUGGUCGCUAAGGAGGCUGCUGAUCUCAAACAGUCCGUUGGUGGAGGUGGUGUGAUUGGUCCAACCUCAACUUCUCUUCUCUAUGAAGGCGUGUUAAGCAAGCUUGAGGAACAAGGAAUUAAGGUGGAAGAAACAGUUGAAAAGAUUGAGGAAUAA